CAUCGCACCCGGAAGUAAAGCGGCUCCGCGACGGAGCAGCGGUGCGCGCGGUAGGGCCUGGAAUAUCCCGCUUUCUUUGCAGGAAACCACCGCAUCAGAUCUGCUCUGCAGGCUGCAGCCACUGGCACGGCUGACCAUGGCCCUUUCUGCGGAGACCGAGUCGCACAUCUAUCGAGCUCUGCGCACUGCUUCUGGGGCUGCCGCCCACCUUGUGGCCCUGGGCUUUACCAUCUUUGUGGCUGUGCUUGCCAGGCCUGGCUCCAGCCUGUUCUCCUGGCACCCGGUACUUAUGUCUCUGGCUUUCUCCUUCCUGAUGACCGAGGCAUUACUGGUGUUCUCUCCUGAGAGUUCGCUGCUGCGCUCCCUCUCACGGAAGGGCCGAGCACGCUGCCACUGGGUGCUGCAGCUGCUGGCUCUGUUGUGUGCACUGCUGGGCCUCAGCCUCGUCAUCCUCCACAAAGAACAGCUUGGCAAAGCCCACCUGGCCACGCGGCAUGGUCAGGCAGGGCUGCUGGCUGUACUGUGGGCAGGGCUGCAGUGCUCAGGUGGGGUGGGGCUGCUGUAUCCCAAGCUGCUGCCCCGAUGGCCCCUGGCAAAGCUCAAGCUAUACCAUGCUACUUCUGGGCUCGUGGGCUACCUGCUGGGUAGUGCCAGCCUCUUGUUGGGCAUGUGCUCACUCUGGUUCACUGCCUCUGUCACCGGUGCAGCCUGGUAUCUAGCUGUACUAUGCCCUGUCCUCACCAGCUUGGUCAUUAUGAACCAGGUAAGCAAUGCCUACCUAUACCGCAAGAGGAUCCAACCAUGAGCUCUUCCCAGCCUAGGGGAAGCCUGGAUUUGUCCCUCCAUGUAGGAGUUGGGACUAGGUACUUCUUGAACUCUCUCAGGUCAGGGGGACACCUCAGGCACUGGGACAGUUGGGCAGUUGGAGGCCCGUGUGUAAAUUCCUGCUCCUCAUGUUGGAGUGCCUUCCAUUUCCUUCCCCUCUCUUCAUCAUCCCAGAGGAACAUAGGCAUCAUGUGUCUGGAUGAAGCUGGGGCUGUAGGACUGCUUCCCCUGCAAGGCAGCUCAUACUUGUACUGUAUGUCCAGAAAUUUCAGGAGAGGAAAAAGUAAAAAAUU